UAUUUUUUCAUUUUUGUAUUUUUGUUCUUAUUUUUGGUAAGAAUCUAAUCAUAAGAUAGAUUGUGGCAUCCCACAAAAACAUUUGUAACGUUAAUAGAAGCUUUAUUAAUCAACGCAGUUGGGGCAUUUGCAAAUCAAAUCAAAGUCCAAAUCUUGACAAAGUAGUGUGUAAAUAGUAUUUCUAAACACAUCUUCCCAAAUUUUGAAUCUUUCUGGUUCUCCACUCUCUCCCAUUUCACACCACCAAUUCUUUCCUCAAAAAUCUUGAAGCUUUCAAGUUUCAUCAAAAUAUACAAAAACUCUAUUGUGGGAUUUUAUUUUCCUUUCUUUUUUUUUUUUUCUUUUACUUUUCCUCUUCCUCUUAUUCAGCCAAUCUUUUUGUUAUUGCCCCUUUUUUUUCCCCCUGUUUUUUAGAACUUUUGUAACUUUGUUUUAGCUUUUUGUUAUUAUGUUAAAGUGUUCCAAAAUUCCUCUUUUUUGGCAGACAAUGAUGAAGGUGAGGUAGAGAAAGAUCUGGGAUUUCUUGUUGGGUACUUUUCCUUCCAUCCUGGCCUGUUUGAGCAAACCAUUUCUCUCUUUUUUAUAUGUUUCUGUAUAAAUGCGUUUCUAUUUUCUAAUGGGCGGUGGUUGUUUAUGUGUUGUGAUUCUUGUGAAUUCAUUCAUUUAAAGGGGUUAUAUUUCGUUUUUCUUUUGAUUUUUUCUUCCCAUUUAAAGGGGUUAUAUUUCGUUUUUCUUCCCAUUUUUUCUUCCCAUUUCUUUUGAUGCUGUUUUGAUAAUGUACCUUCCUGAAAUCCCAUUCCCAGGUAUGCAUUUCUGAAGAAAUCCGUUUCGGUUUUCCAUCAUCAUCAAGUUUGGAAACUUUUUGAAAGCCUUUGGAAAGUUGACCGUUUUUGAAAAGUUUCCAAUUUUGGGAGUUAAAAUCCUUUUAUCUACUAUUUGGUUUUUUAAUCAAAGCUUUCUUCUUGAUCCAUUCCUCAAUUGAUUUGAGACCAUAGUUCGUAGGAAUAGGUUUCAAGGCUUAAAAUGUAUGGAACUCAGAGCAAAAGGGAUUUGGCCUUCGAGUACCAAGCUCAAGUGCCCAUUUUGAGGCCAAGUAUCCACGCUAGAAGGGCUAAUAUUACAGUUAAGUUUCAAGAUAUUUAUGGGUUCACUGUAGAAGGCAAUGUUGAUGAUGUAAAUGUGUUGAAUGAGGUGAGGGAGAAAGUUAGGCAACAAGGUAGGGUCUGGUGGGCAUUGGAAGCCAGCAAAGGCGCUAAUUGGUAUUUAGAGACCCAUGUUUCUUCUACCCUUAAAUCAUCCCUCAAGUUUACAGCAUUGGUGAAUCAAAUUACUCUCAAGAGGUUGAUUAGGAAGGGGAUUCCUCCCAAUCUCCGGCCUAAGGUGUGGUUUGCAAUGUCAGGGGCUGCCAAGAAGAAGUCAACUGUCCCUGAUAGCUAUUACAAUGAUCUGACAUCUGCUGUUGUAGACAAGGUUACGCCUGCGACAAAGCAAAUUGAUCAUGACCUACCUCGAACUUUCCCUGGUCACCCUUGGCUGGACACCCCUGAGGGUCACGCUGCUCUUCGCCGUGUUCUUGUUGGGUAUUCCUUUCGCGACUCUGAUGUUGGUUACUGUCAGGGUUUAAAUUAUGUCGCAGCAUUGUUGUUGCUUGUAAUGAAGACAGAAGAAGAUGCUUUCUGGAUGCUUGCUGUUCUCUUGGAAAAUGUGCUGGUCAAUGAUUGCUAUACAACCAAUUUAUCUGGAUGUCAUGUUGAGCAGAGAGUGUUCAAGGAUUUACUAACAAAAAAAUGUCCCAGGUUAGCCGCUCACCUGGAAACUUUGGAGUUUGACGUCUCACUUGUCUGCACUGAAUGGUUUCUCUGCCUCUUCUCCAAGAGCUUACCUUCUGAGACAACAAUGCGAGUAUGGGAUGUGCUUUUCUAUGAAGGGGCAAAGGUCUUGCUUCAUACUGCCUUGGCCAUAUUCAAGAUGAAAGAAGAAGAACUGCUCUUGACUUAUCACGUUGGGGAUGUCAUUAAUAUUAUACAGAAAACGACCCAUCAUCUGUUCGAUCCAGAUGAACUGAUGACGGUAGCAUUCGAUAAGGUUGGUUUUAUGAUGACGACAAACAUAUCGAAGCAACGGAAGAAGCAAGAGCCAGCUGUUAUGGCAGAGCUUGAUCAGAGAUUCAGACGAUUAAAUUCGACAGGAGAGGAAAAUGACAAGUAGUGAAAUGUGAUUUGAGCAUUUUUGCUUGAAGCAUAUCCUUCAAAGGGCUAUAGUUGUGCACUCAAGGACAUAGCCCAGGUAGGGUUUUAUCAAGAAAACUAUGGGACUUUGUACAAACUGUAGAUUAAUGUAUAAUGAGUUAUAGCUAAUUAUUAUGUUAAUUAUCUUUGCUACAUGUAAUAUGUUAUCUCCACCUUCUCUACAGCUCGGAAGAGCCCCCAUUUUAGUAGAUGUUUCGCGGAUACACUAAGAAUUUUUUUUCAUAUUCUAAAAUCUCAUUAUCUUCCCUACUUUGCGUAAAUUGUCUAGGCAACUUUCAUUGAUCUAACUAAUUUGUC